GCCCUCAAGGAAUCAAGCAUGUAUAUAGUUAAUUCGGAAGCAUUACCUACUAUGUCCAGUACGUGGCAGUAUACCCUCACUUUCGUUCACUGCAAGUGUUGCAUCAGCCGUAGCUGCGAUUGCGUUAUGAGGAAAUUACCUUAAGCUCCGGUCAGAUGUGGACUGUUAGCGCUUGAUUCCUGCUAAAUUCACCUGUUCUGAUUAUUCCUGAGUGGUUUUAGUUGGUGUGCGUCAAUGACGAUAUAACCACAUCCAUAUAUAUCUAAUUGUAUAUAUUGGAACCACAGAAAGAAAUACCUUUAUGCCAUACCGUGCUGAUUGCUGAUUCUGACUCAUAAACAUCAAAGUAAACCUACAUCAACCUGAUACUGUCUCCCUGAGUCGUGACUGACAUCCUGUAGCGAAAGCAAAAUAUUACCAGUUAACUAGUUCAAUCCUGUCUCUUCCGAACAUUGUGGUCCUUCGAGCCGGAUGUGAUUUGCUACAGUGACAGCAUGGUUGAUGAGCAUCAGAGAGGAACUGAUCCAGAGGCCGUACGGCCAAAACGCCAAACACGUCACCCUGCCUGCUUUGAUGAUUUUGAAGUGAACUAUGGAGGUUAUCAGCCACGUAACAAACAUCCUUAUACUUUAAGCACAGCACGGUAUGAGCACAGACAAAACCAGGAAUUCAGUGAGAGCAGAGGAGGUACACAACAGAUGGCACAUCGUACCCCACCUAAAGAAGCAAACCCAUCAUCAGAUUCAACUUCAUAUCCCUGCCUUCCAGAUUCAAGAGCUCAGUCCUUCGGAGCCUCCCAGUAUCGCACUGCUACUAGAAAGCUACCUGAAGCUUCUACUCCCUUCCAUGAACAGACCGCUAACGACCAGUAUGCCCCCUACAGUCCACUCAAGGUUCAAAUAAGUACCAGUGCUCCACCUACCUUGUAUGGAAAGGGUGCUUCGCUUGACUCGCAUGCUUCUCCUUCAUAUGUGGGUUCCCCUGAUCCUUAUUCACUGCCAGCUAGGACUCCGCAUUAUUCACAUUAUAUUGUGAGUCAUGGUGCUAAUGACCCAAGUUACCCACCUCAGCAGCAGAGAGCCUCCCUGACUGAGCCACAAAGCAUGAUGGUUUUGAUUGACAAAAUGAUGGGUCAGUUACAGCUAAUGAAAGAAGAAGUUGCAUCAAAGCAUGGCACCCCUAGCAGAUCACCACCCAGACCAGCACAGCCUUAUAAAGAGCCACCUCCUGUGCAUUAUGAAUACCCUGACCAACAAUAUGCUGCUGACCGAGUUUAUGGGCCAUUUGACAGAUUCCAGAGCGGAUACGUGCCUUCGCCGAGAUCAAAGCUCGAUAUGUACCCUCACUCAGUGCCCCUACCUACUCAGAAACCCAAGCCUUCUUGGGUAGAGCAGCCUUCCAUUCAGCUAAAAGAGUCAGCUGCAGAAUACCGUGGCCCUAAGCCCAGUAUACCCUACCUGGUGCAUAAAGAUCCAAGCGAGUUUGCUCGCCUGAAGCUUGCGCUCCACAAUCUGCUACCUGAAGAUGCGUCAGAGUUGUUCAAGUUCCAGAUCUUGGUGGACCAUCUGCAACUGGAAGAGGCAAGACUGAUUGCGGAUUCUUUCCUUAACUCUCCAUAUCCUUAUACAGAGACAAUGGCUGCCUUGACAGAGAAAUUUGGGAAGCCUCACCAACUUGCUUUGAGUAAGAUUGCUCGAGUAAUGGAUGCACCAGAUGUUCUUCCAGGAGACCCUGAAGCCUUCGAAAGGUUUGCAUUACAAGUUCAAGCCCUGGUAGGACUGCUGAAAUCCCUGGGACCAGAUGGGGAUGCCGAAUUGACGUGCGGUUCUCAUGUGGUUCGUCUGCUGACUAAGCUGCCACCUGAUUUAAGAGCUGCUUUCAGGAGACAAAUGCUGCCUAGUCAAUCCUCAAGCUUUACACUUCCAGAGUUCUCCAAAUGGUUGCAAGCUGAAUCAUGGUGUCAAAGUAGUGAUGUGGUGGGAAACAUUCAGAUGAAAGGUUGGCCAAAGCAAAGGUCUGACAAACACAAAGAGCUAAAGUCAAGACCAGCUACUGUACUGCAUGGAGCAGGCAGCCCUGCCACAAAUACAACUUCCUCCCCAAUCAAAUCUGCCACUUUGCCAGAGAACAAGGUGAAAAUUAAAGCUUAUUGUCCCUAUUGUGAGAAUGCAGACCAUUUCCUUAGUCAGUGCGUCAACUUCCAGCAGCUCACGACCGAACAAGUGAAGCAAUGGAUUCAGACUAACAAACGCUGUUGGAAGUGUGGAAGGUCACAUUUAUCUGCACAGUGCAACCUGAAGAAACCCUGUAACAAGUGUAGAGGGAAACAUUUGCUGAUACUCCAUGACAUCAAUUACAAGUCAGUCAAAGAUAAUUCCCCAGCAUCAAGUUCCACUGCGGAAACUUUAUACCUGGACAAACCUGGAACAGAUAGCCGGGUUCUGCUCAAGGUAGUCAGAGUUCUGCUGAAAUAUAAUAACCGCACCUUGGACACUUAUGCCAUCCUAGACGAUGGAUCCGAACGCACCAUCUUAUUGUUUGCUGCAGCCCAGAAACUGAAUCUGAAAGGGGAAGAGGAGAAGCUAUCCAUUAGAACCAUCCAUCAGAAAGUGUCGCAACUGCAAGGCUCAAAGGUUUCAUUCAGCAUCUCUCCAGUGGCGCAACCACAUAAGACAUACCAUAUCAAGCAAGCCUUCACAGCCGACCACCUAGGGUUAGCUCAACAAUCCUAUCCUAUGGAGGCCCUUGUAAGUAAGUACAAACACCUAAAGGGACUUCCUAUCCAGUCCUUUGAGAAGAUUCACCCACUCUUGCUGAUUGGUGCUGAUCAGCCUCAUCUAAUCACUCCAAUCGAGCCAGUUAACCUGGGACCACCUGGCGGGCCAGCUGCCAUCAAAACAAGACUGGGUUGGACACUACAGGGCCCAGUGAAGCUUCUUCUGAAUCCUCUUCAUCCUCAGCAGGUCCUUUUCACCUCUUUGUCACCCAAGCAUACAGAGCUGAUGAGAAAUGUCACAAAGCUAUGGGAACUGGACAUUCUCCCCUAUCGUAAUGAGAAACGGGUCACUCGCUCCAGAGAGGAUCAGGCGGCCCUUGAAAUCCUGAACAAAGGAACUGUGAGAGUUGACGUGAAUGGCAUUCAGAGGUAUGCCACCCCACUGUUGCGUAAAUCCAGUAUGGCUUGUCUUAACGCCUCCGAAGAAGCAGUAAUGCCACUCCUUCGUAGAACUGAAAGGCAUCUCUUGAAAGACCCAGAACGAGCAGCUACCUAUUCUGUGGAGAUCAAGAAAUUGUUGGAGGAAGGUUAUGUGGCCAAACUCGAUCCAGACAAACCACCACAGAGCCUUGAGCGGUGGUUCAUACCACAUCAUAUGGUCAUGCACAAUGACAAAAAUCGACUGGUAUUCAACUGCUCGUUCCAGUACAAGGGAAUGAACCUAAAUGAGUCCCUUCUACCUGGCCCAGUACUAGGUCCGUCACUCCUUGGAGUCCUGAUAAGAUUCAGAGAGCAUUCUGUAGCGGUGAGUGGGGACGUGAAAGGAAUGUUCCAUCAAGUUCGACUUCUGGAACAGGACAGACCUAUCCUGCGAUUCCUUUGGAGAGAUAUGGAACGAGACAGAGAACCGGACAUCUAUGAAUGGCAGGUGCUCCCAUUCGGCACUACUUGCAGCCCUUGCUGCGCUUCCUAUGCCCUGCAUAAACAUGUCCUUGACAACACAGAGUCGGGUGAUGACCUGCAAUUCACUAUUCAAAGGAGCUUCUAUGUUGACAACUGUCUUCAGAGCCUGAACACAGCCGAUGAGGCCAGAGGGCUGAUUGACCGACUCAGAAAGCUACUGGCAAGUGGAGGAUUUAACAUCCGACAGUGGGCUUCAAACCAACCUGGAGUAGUAAGCCAUCUACCUAAGGAAGCUCAGUCUGCCAGUACCGAACUGUGGUUGUCACAAAGGGAAACUGAAGUUCCUGAAUCCACUCUGGGUCUGCACUGGCACUGUCCCACAGACACUCUUAGGUACAAGCACCGUCCUUUAGAGUAUGGACUACCCACAAUGCGCAAUUUAUAUCGGGUUCUCGCCAGUCAAUAUGACCCAUUGGGCUUCAUUCUCCCCUACACGACCAGAGCGAAAAUCCUAGUUCAGAAACUGUGGGCUAAGCCGAGAGAAUGGGACGAUCCUCUAUUUCCUGAUGAACUUUUGCAGAGCUGGCUACAGUGGGAGGCUGAACUUAAGUCUCUUUCCUCCAUUACCUUUCCUAGAUGCUAUGUGACUCCAGAAAUGGACAAUGAUUCUGUAAGGAGAGAGAUACAUGUGUUCUGUGAUGCAUCAGAAAGGGCCUAUGGUGCAGUCUCAUACCUGAGAACAGAGAACAGUCGAGGCAAGGUACAGUUAGCAUUCCUAAUUGCACGCUCCCGAGUUGCACCCAAGAAACAGUUGUCAGUUCCCAGACUUGAACUCUGUGCCGCACUCUGUGGAGCUCAGUUAGCAGAGAUGCUAAGGAAAGAACUUACACUUGAAUAUCACAGGAUUACCUUGUGGUCCGAUUCCACCACAGUACUUAAUUGGUUGCAGUCAGAGUCCUGCCGGUUCAAAGUCUUUGUUGGCACCAGGGUUGCAGAGAUACAAGAAACUACAAAUCCACAGGAUUGGAGGUUCGUGGACUCUGCUCUGAAUCCUGCGGAUGAUCUAACAAAGGGAAAAUCGCUUGAGGACCUAGCCACUCCAAACAGAUGGAGCAAUGGACCCCCGUUCCUUUUAAUGCACUCUGAUCACUGGCCAAAGAGCCCUGCUGCCAGCUGUCUGAAAGAUGACUCAGAGUUACGCAAGUCAACAUUUUGCGCCCUAAAUGUAGUGACCUCCAAAGCAGAAAUUCCUGAUGCCAGCCAGUUUACAACUUACAGAGAAUUACUGGAAGCUACUGCACGAUGUGUCCAUGGGGUGGCAAAUGAAGAACCACUGACAGCUGGAGACUUCCUACAAGCAGAAAUCCUUCAGUGGAGAGCAUCUCAGCUGGAUAGUUUCUUUGAUGACUUCCAAUGCCUGAAAUAAGGUAAACCUCUCCCUUCUAACAGUAAGCUACUCACCUUGAGUCCAGAGCUGGAUGAAGAGAUGGAUGUUAUUCGAGUGGGGGGAAGACUUCGACGAGCCGAAGCACUCGACAUAGCAACUAAGCACCCAAUUGUCCUUGACCCUAGUCAUGCCCUUACCAAGCUCAUCAUUCAAGAUUAUGACCACCAGUUGAAACAUCCUGGCCCAGAGAGAGUCCUGGCUGAAGUCAGAAGGAAGUUUUGGAUUCUGCGUGGCAGAGAGGCCAUCCGCAAUCACCAGUUUCGAUGCACUGACUGUCGGAGAUGGAGAGCCAGCCCAAAUAUCCCACAAAUGUCAGACUUACCUGUAGCUCGACUUCAAUUAUUUAAGCCUGCAUUUUAUUCCACAGGAAUGGAUUGCUUUGGGCCCUUCUCAGUAAAGAUUGGACGGAGAGUGGAGAAAAGAUGGGGAAUAAUUUGGAAGUGUUUGACAACCAGAUGCAUAUACUUAGACAUACUAGCAAGUAUUGACUCUGAUUCCUUCCUUAUGGCAUUUAGGAGGUUUGCGGCACGUAGAGGAACACCCUUCGAACUUUGGUCUGAUCAAGGGACUAAUUUUAAAGGCGGGGAAAGAGAAUUGCAUGAAGCCUUCAAAAGUAUGUCACCUGAGUUACAGCUACAGUUAGCGAAGCAGAAAGUUCACUUCCGCUUCAACCCACCUGGAGCCCCUCAUUUCGGAGGAGCAUGGGAACGGGAGAUACGAUCUGUUAAAUCAGCUUUGUAUGUUUCUGUGGGUGCUCAAUCUGUUACAGAGGAAGUCCUCAGGACAGUGUUAACUGAGGUAGAGGGAAUACUGAACUCCAAGCCUCUUGGAUACCUAUCCUCUGACGUUUCAGAUAUUGAUCCUGUUACCCCGAAUCACCUUCUCAUGGGGCGGCUUGACGGCUCUCUCCCACAAGUUGUAUAUCCUCAAAGCGAAAUGAUCAGUUGGAAACGAUGGCGCCACAGUCAGAUCCUCACUGACUUAUUCUGGUCUGCGUUCAUCAAGUACUAUCUACCCAAUCUGCAAACUCGAUCUAAAUGGCAGAAAGAUGUCAAGGACAUUGCUAUUGGAAACGUUGUUAUGCUGGUAGACCCCCAAUUGCCUAGAGCUAUGUGGUUGAUCGGAAAGGUCACUAAUGUCAUGCCAAGUUCAGAUGGGCAUAUCAGAACUGCGGAGGUGCUCAUCAAGGGACGGACUUAUACCAGACCAGUUUCAAGGAUGAUUGUACUUCCUGCCAUUCCUGAUGACACAGAUACCUCAUAACUGCGGGCCAUUUAUCAGGGACAAAUUUAGUGCCUAAAUUUGGGGGCGGCUGUACAAAAGGCCCUCAAGGAAUCAAGCAUGUAUAUAGUUAAUUCGGAAGCAUUACCUACUAUGUCCAGUACGUGGCAGUAUACCCUCACUUUCGUUCACUGCAAGUGUUGCAUCAGCCGUAGCUGCGAUUGCGUUAUGAGGAAAUUACCUUAAGCUCCGGUCAGAUGUGGACUGUUAGCGCUUGAUUCCUGCUAAAUUCACCUGUUCUGAUUAUUCCUGAGUGGUUUUAGUUGGUGUGCGUCAAUGACGAUAUAACCACAUCCAUAUAUAUCUAAUUGUAUAUAUUGGAACCACAGAAAGAAAUACCUUUAUGCCAUACCGUGCUGAUUGCUGAUUCUGACUCAUAAACAUCAAAGUAAACCUACAUCAACCUGA